AUGGACUCUUCAUACUCGCAGGCCCAGAACCGGGCUGCUCUCGACGAGUUUGUCCGUCAGCCCGUGAGGAGUUAUAUGAUUCAGCACCUAGCGAAGCAGGCCUCGCAGGUUAUCCGCUGUGAGCAGCCUUCCAACACAUCAACUCUUCCCACACCGCCAUCCACGCCACCUUCAGAUCCCGCUCAGCAUGAGAACAUGCCUGCUCUUCCCAGCUUGGAAGCAUUCAUCACAUCUCUUGUCAACAAGUCAUCCGUCCAGGUCCCUACCCUGAUGACCUCGCUGGUCUUCCUCACUCGCCUAAAGGCUCGCCUCCCUCCUGUGGCCAAGGGUAUGCGGUGUACCACUCACCGCAUCUUCCUGGCUGCUCUUAUUCUGGCGGCCAAGAACCUCAACGACUCUUCACCCAAGAAUAAGCACUGGGCCAGGUACACCUCAGUCAAGGGCUACGAUGGCUUCGGCUUUGGUCUUCCCGAGGUCAACCUCAUGGAAAGGCAAAUGCUCUACCUUCUCGACUUCGAUACCCGAGUUAGCGAACAGGACCUCUUCGACCACUUCGAGCCUUUCCUGGCACCUAUCAGAUUCCAGCUUGAGCUUCAGUACGAGCGAUCCGAACUCAACAGCCACAGGCACUGGCAGUCCACUUCCUCGGUCGACACUGAUGUGGUCGAAUCAAUUCGCCAAUCCACGCGCGCACUCACCACCAAACAGCCCAAAGCUAUCCACGUGUACGACUCUCCUCACUCCAUCAUCGAGGACGAUGUCCCUGGCGGACGUCAUGCCCGCAGAUAUCACAGCAACCAGAGCUCUCUGUCUCUGCCCGCUGCAAGUCAUAAACGCGGCCCCUCACCCUAUCGCCACGAACGCUCCAUUUCGCCGCCGUCGAUCCGAGACUUGCCUCCCUUGGUACGCUCCGGUCACUCUUACUCCAGCUCCCGAUCAUCUUCAGUUGCACCAUCGUCUCACUCGAGAUCAUCCUCCUUGGCACCCACCAACCGAGGCACCCCUAUGACCCACAAUAAUUACGUGGAUGAGAAUAUCGCCAUCUUCGAUGGGCAAGCUAGCCCGGAUAGCUACCAGUAUACCGCAUAUGGCAAGGCAGUCGCUGCGGCCAGACCGAACCUGAAGGGCCACCAGAUCAGCUUCUAUGAUCAACAACCCAGCAAGAAAGUCAAGUCGGAAGGUCCCGCUCCCGCGCAUCAACAUAGUGUGGGCAGCGUCAUGUCGAGGCUCUUCAAUGCCGGUGCGACCAGACUAGGCCGAACACCUGUGCAAGUUACAUGA